AUGUCAGAGUAGAUACGAGAUCUUAACUUGUGAUAAGCCAAACAUGUUCUCGUAAAAUUAAUACAGUCUGCAAGGAAAAGUUUUACCGCUCCGCGAAAGACAUUCCUGAUGUGAUCAACGUAAUCUAAGCGCAAACAGCGACAGAAGGUGUCCCAGCAUAUCCGAGGAUAGUAAAUAUUUUAUAGCAGUAUUCCAUUUACAGAGCUUUGAGGAGAUCUUAAUAGAGGAUAUUUCGGGAGUAAUUUUACAUAUCUCAUUUUUUCUGCAACAAAUUCUGUUUUUGAGAAAGAAAAAUCAAUAUUUAUAACAGAACGCGCGAAUGUGUUUGAUAAAUACGCAAAUAUUCUACUGAAAGGAUUUUUUUAAGUUUAUGUAGAGAUAAAAGCUUUGUGCUUAAAUAUCGACAAGGAUAUGUAAGUUAACUAUCUAAAUAGCAAGCUGUUUUUUAAACCAUCUGCUGCAGAAAAGACGGUUCAAUGUAAACAAAAUGUUUUGAAACAGCCUGUAAUUUUUGCUUCCUAUUUUCAACUGAAAAUAUUCGACAUUCUACAGCUGUGUUUACGGAGGAAAGUAGGAAGAAGGACGAAGUCGUCUACACAAAAACGUAUAUAUUUGAUGGAUUUCGAGUGAUCUCUAGGACCACAUCUUACGUUGGCACGCGCUAAACCGGAAACACAUUUCGCAUUAUCUUUCCGCGCAUAUUGUCAUAUCAAGCGCCUGUUUCCGAGGACUUGAUCAGUGUUGUGUCGCAGUUUCGAAGUUUUGUGUCGAUGUCAUCUUAAAAAGUGUAUUCGUUUCGGAUGUUUAUCUAAAGUGGCUAAAAUGAAAACAAAGGCAAUAUCGGCAGAUCAGCAUUCCAAGUAAAUCAGAAUGAAUGGUGUCCACAGAAUCAACCCACCGAAAACAGAUUAUAUCAAAUGUGUUGUCGUCGGGGACGGCGCCGUCGGGAAAACAUGUAUGCUUGUCAGUUACGCAACCAACAAGUUUCCGUCGGAAUACGUUCCCACGGUUUUUGAUAACUACGCAGUGAGUUUAUCCGUGUGUAACAAACCGAUGAUACUGGGCCUCUUUGAUACUGCUGGACAGGAAGACUAUGACCGCUUACGAGUUCUGGCAUAUCCGGAUACUGACGUUUUUAUAGUCUGCUUCUCGGUCAUGGGUCCUACUUCAUUUGAAAACGUCGAAGAGAAAUGGGCACCAGAAGUCCGCCAUUACAGGGAGACAACCCCGUUCAUACUUGUUGGCAUGCAAGUUGAUCUACGGGACAAUUUUUAUGAAAUCCAAAGACUGCAGAAAAACCGACAGAAACCGGUGACCUACGAAAUGGGAUUACGACUGGCUAACAGAAUAGGCGCAAACUGUUAUGUGGAAUGUUCCGCUUUGACUCAAAAGGGGCUUAAAGCUGUGUUUGAUAAUGCGAUAUUAGCAGUUAUUAGCCCACAACCUGUCACCAGACCAAAAAGACGAAAAACUACAUAUAUGUGUCAAAUAUUGUGAUAAAUAGAGGCAAUGGGCUGAUAACUUAUCUGUUAUUUGUAUAGUGUUAAAUAAUCUGUCUCCUAAAUUAUCAAUUGUCUGUGAUUAAGUUACUUAAUAUUAGAUUGUCGUUCCUUUCCCAUUGCACACUUCAUGUGUCGAAUUCGGGGAUGAAUUUGUUUUAUUGAUGCCGAUUAAGAUUUCGUAGAAUUUAAAGAGUGAUAAAAGUGAUAAAGUGCUUUAACAUGAACGAUAUUCGUUGAAUAUGGAAAUACAAUAUAUAUUGUCAAAUGUUGCCUCAAUGAGGUUACUGUUUGAAAAACUGCCACCUGAACUAUAAACGUGCAAUAUCUGGUCAUAUUCUGGUAAUAAGUCGAAUAUCUGGUCAUAUGUGAAUCAUUGAUGCACUAUUUGGCCAUAUAAGUAAAAAGGUGCAAAAUCUGGUAAUAUUUGUACAAUGGUGCAAUAUCUGGCUGUAUUUGUAUAAUAUAUGCAAUAUAUCUAGUCAUUUGUACCACUGCUGCAAGAAUUUGUCAUAUUUGUACAAAUGAUGCAUUAUUUGGCAAGGCUUGCAUUAAUGGAAAUCUUGAAACAAAGUGAUCCCUCGGAAGCAUUAAUCACAACAAAAUUACAAGAGAAUUGCAGACUCGAAUUACUCCUUAAUUUUGGCUUGUGACCACCAAAAUCUAAUACUUUUCCUUUACCUAUAUAGACUUCCAAUAUCAGAGAUUUUGUAGUCUCUGACUUCCAAAUUUUGAAACUUAAUGGAAGCCCUGAUUUGGUCAUAUUAAUACAAGUAAUGCUUUAUCUGGUCAUAUACUUGUUCAAUUAGUGCAAUAUCUGGUCAUAUUUGUGUAUAGGAUGCAAUAUCUGGUCAUAUGUGUACAAUUUAUGGAAAAAAACUGGUCAUAUUUGUACAACUGAUUCAAUAUCUAGUCGCCUGUGUUUUAUAUUUACAGUUGAUAAUGUUUGUACAGAUGAUUCAAGAUAUGAUUUUUAUAUACCGGUGUUUGUAAAUACAUCUUUGUGUCUAUGGUUGGCAAAUCUGCAAACGUAGAAGAAUACGGUGACAGUCAUUUUUGGACACGAAAUCAUUUAAUAUAUUAGUAUAUAUUGAUCUAAAUAUAUCAUAGAACUCAGUGAAAAACUACUUCUAUUAGACAUUAAGAAUAAUAGUGUCUAAAGUUAACUUAAAACACGAAUCAGGAAAGUAGGGGUCCCAACCAUGGGCAAGAUUGUCUGUGAUUUUAUGCAGUUCAAUUGUCUCGGUUUUGUUCGCUGUACAUUGUCCUGGUAUGAAAAUACAUGCAUAAAUUAAGUAAAAAAUGCUUUCUUUA